GUAUAUGUAUCUCGUAAGAUAAGAAGACGUAUAGUGAUAAUUUAGUAAAUAUGUUAACUAAUAAUCUAACCAAAGUUUUAACUUGCAUUAAUCAAUCUGUUAAAAUAUUCACUAAAUUGCAUAUCAAUCAAAUAGAACAAAAAUUUUAUCGAACUAUUUCAAGACAAUUUUUUACAACGGAAUUAAAGAUGCGUCUUAAGGCGGAACAAAAAUUGAAUGUAAAGGCAGUUAAGGAAGUACAAAGGACAGCCAAAGAAGUACAAAAUGCACAAACUAAGAAGAACUCUGUUAAAACUCCAGAGAAAAGAGCUCCUAAGGAAGAAGAAAUCAGUCCAAAUGAAUAUUUCAAGUUGAGAACUCAAGCGGUAGAUCAACUCAAAGUUGCUAAUGAAAAUCCUUAUCCGCAUAAAUUUAAUGUAUCCAUUUCAUUAGAAAAUUUUAUCGAUAAGUAUAGUUCGGUUGUUAAGGAAGGAGAAAUCCUUGAGAAUAAAAUUUAUAGCGUAGCUGGUCGUGUGCACGCUAUACGAGAAUCUGGUGCAAAACUUAUUUUCUAUGAUUUGAGAGGAGAGGGUGUUAAAAUACAAGUAAUGGCAAAUGCUAGACAUUACGAAGGGGAAGAUAAAUUUAUCAAGGACACGUCCAAGAUUAGGAGAGGUGAUAUUAUCGGUGUUACUGGAAAUCCUGGUAAAACCAAAAAAGGAGAAUUUUCUAUCAUGCCUAAAAGUAUUACUCUGCUUACUCCUUGUUUGCAUAUGUUACCGCAUCUUCAUUUUGGAUUAAAGGAUAAGGAAACAAGGUUCCGUCAACGUUACUUAGAUCUUAUAUUAAACGACAAAGUACGGCAAAUAUUUUACACUCGAUCAAAAAUAAUUGCAUAUGUGCGUGAAUUUUUGAAUGAAUUAGGCUUCUUAGAAGUUGAAACUCCUAUGAUGAAUAUGAUAGCUGGUGGUGCUACAGCCAAACCUUUUGUUACUCAUCAUAAUGAAUUAAACAUGGAUUUGUACAUGCGAAUAGCACCAGAACUUUAUCUCAAGACUCUGGUUGUUGGCGGUAUAGAUAGAGUUUAUGAAAUUGGUAAACAGUUUCGAAAUGAAGGCAUUGACCUGACCCAUAAUCCUGAAUUUACAACAUGUGAAUUUUAUAUGGCUUAUGCUGACUAUCACGAUCUCAUGCAUAUUACGGAAGAUAUGGUUUCUGGAAUGGUGAAAACUAUUCACGGUAGUUAUAAAAUACCAUAUUGUCCGAAUGGACCUGAUGGUGAAGUCGUAGAAAUAGAUUUUACACCACCAUUCAAACGGAUACCUAUGAUGAAAACUUUAGAGGAAAUUUUGAAUGUAAAAUUGCCGGAUGCUGACAAACUUGAUACACAGGAAGCUAAUGAAAUACUUAAGGAUCUUUGCAUUAAACACGAGAUCGAGUGUCCUCCGCCAAAAACAACUGCUAGGUUAUUAGAUAAACUCGUCAGUGAAUUUAUAGAAGAAAAAUGCAUAAAUCCUACGUAUAUAAUAGAUCAUCCGCAAAUAAUGUCUCCGUUAGCUAAAUGGCACCGUUCUGAUGCUGGUCUUACAGAACGAUUUGAAUUAUUUAUUAUGAAGAAGGAAGUCUGUAAUGCAUAUACAGAAUUAAAUGAUCCUGUAGUGCAAAAAGAAAGAUUCGAACAGCAAGCGAAAGAUAAAGCGGCUGGAGAUGAUGAAGCACAAAUGGUAGAUGAGAAUUUCUGCACUGCUCUAGAAUACGGACUACCUCCAACCGCUGGUUGGGGAUUGGGUUUAGAUCGGCUUUGCAUGUUUUUGACAAAUACGAAUAAUAUUAAAGAGGUAUUACUGUUUCCAGCCAUGAAACCGGAUGAACCAAAUAAAAAUAAAUCUGCUGAAAAUACAUCCGAUGAUAAUGUUAAAGAACAGUGUGAAAAAUAAUGGUAAAGCUUUUAUAUUUUAUACUAACAUACGCGGAAGAUCUAAUAAAAUAUUAAAGUUAUUCUUAUUCUAAUUAAAUAAAUUAAUGUCGUCAUAAGGACCGAUAAUCAUUCA